AUGUGGCGAAAAGAUGUCCUCUUCCCCAUCGUGGGACUCCUCUUUGUCCUUAUAGAUUUAACCAUCGCUGCAGGCGUGGGUGCUCAGCGAUGUGAUGUGAUCAGUAUCGUCGAGAAGUCCAGUAACAGUUAUGCCGCAAAAUUCACAUCCCAGACCGAGUUUCCCUUCGUCGGCGUCAACGUCGUGUUCACCUUUGACCAUCCCGUGACCUCCGUGAUCAACCACAACGGCAAGUCCGAGAUGAUGGACGACAUGCACGUCAGGAUGACUGACGAGUACCACUUCGUGGAGACUGGCGUCUUCGUGCACUUUAGCUUUGAGGUGUUCCACUCCGGCGACACUCAGCCAGAAGUUAUUGCCGUGGACCUGAACGGCCAGGACGCCUGUGACGGCUCCAUGACGUGGGCAACAGACGCCCCAUACAUCCAGCCAUGUCAAAAAAGUGGAACGACGCCCUACGAUUAUAGCCAGGUGCUGUGCAUGUCUUUCCUGUUCUACGAGGCACAGCGCUCAGGAGUCCCGCCGCCCGACCAGCGCGUCAAACCCUGGAGGUGGGACUCCGCCCUAAACGAUGGUGCCGAAGGGGGACAUGAUCUGACUGGAGGCUACUACGACGCCGGUGACCACGUCAAAUUCGGCUUCCCGAUGGCGUCGACCACAAUCGUGUUGGCAUGGGGACUCAUUGACUUUCCUAUGGGUUAUGAACAGACAGGUCAGACGGAGUACGCCAGAGCGGCGGUGAAAUGGGCCACAGACUACUUCCUCAAGACACACGCUGCUGAGUAUGAGCUUAACGGACAGCACCCUCCGAUACGUGCACACCACCGCUCCAGCUCGUGUCCCAAUCCCCCCGACUCGUGUGCCCAAAACAACUGGGGAUACGAACAACCAGGACCCAACCCCCACGUCCUGCACGACGCCAUUGUGGGCGGCCCCGCGGAGGACGGCACCUGGGAGGACGACCGCCUGGACUACGUGCACAACGAGGUGGCGUGUGAUUACAGCGCCGUCUACACGGGCGCGCUGGCGGCCAUCAUUGAGAUGGGGAACUAA